CUUCAAAACUUAUCUGAUAACAACUGGUAAAAGUCAAGUAUAUACAGUCUCUUUCAUUCCUCUAGGUGUAUACAAAAAUUCCUCUUUCCUUGUUUUCCGUUAUUACAUACGCUACAUCCCAUCUCCCAAGUUGUCACCCGCAGCCUUCACGAGUCCAAGUUUGACCGCGGCCAUGUCUUCUCCUAGCGACAACGAAGAGUCGAGCCCAGAUGGCAUUAAUUCGAUCGACCAUGUUCGGAGAGCUGGACAAAUUCUUGCGGCUGGCAAACGAAAGAAGGAAGCCAAGCUGAAAGCCAUCGAGAAAGAGUUCAAUCAGAGAGUCGAAAAGGCACACACCAGCUUUCAGGAAUUCCUUGAGGCUCAUAAUUCAAGGGUCUCUGAAGCUCAGAAAGCUCAAAUGAAUAGUCUCAACCACGCCCUUCAUAGACGCCAACUGGUGGAAAUUGACAUUUGGAAGCAGCUCAAGGCUCUCGAGAAGUCAAGAAGAGCACUCGCGAAGCUUCUGAUUGAGGUGUGCCAGGCGCGCUUGGAGACUACGGCCGAGAUCGGUACGACGGGACGCGUGCCUGAGAAGGCACCCAAGCUGUGACCAGAGGCGGCCAGAGGCCAGAGAGAAACUGCCAACCAAUAUCUCACACUCCAUAUUGUUAUACAAACUUUGCUACAUUCACUAACACAUGUAUUUUGCUGGACGUAAGAAGAUAUGCAUACGGAAGAGGACUCUUUAGGGAGGCGAUUACUAAUAUGAAUACACGGGCUGAACGUCAAAUUAUGGGCUUGUUUUGCAUCACAACCUGUGAUUAUAGAACUGCUAAUAACUAUACAAUUCCAACUCCCUGGUACCAAACCAGAGACAGAAGCUGCUUCUGUCCCUCUUACCUAAUCUCAAUAUCUAUCCUGGCCACUCCUGUCAAUUGCUCGACCAAAUCACGCCGAUAACCAUAGUGGAGGCCAUCGCCAUCAUUCGCCAUAGCAAUGGCCUCGAAUGAAUGAUCGGUCUCAAACCUACUACGCCUCUUCAAACAAUCUGCAUCUCCC